AUGGAGAUGGAUUAUGUGACGGAGUUCCCUCUCUCCCACAUUGAUCGGCGUCCAAGGAAGAGGCCCAGGAUUGCUUGGGACGUCCCUCAAGGUCACCCAAAGGCUCAGUCAGGAAUAUAUUAUGAGCAAGAUGUUGGAAAUGGGACAAGCUUUGGACCUCCAAGGGUACUCCCAGACCAUCCUAGUCUUUUUGUAAAGGGAUUGACUCAAAAAGGCUCUCCCCCAUGGCGAGAUGAUGACAAAGAUGGGCAUUACAUGUUUGCGCUGGGAGAGAAUUUAACUUCUCGCUAUAAGAUUCACAGAAAAAUUGGUGAAGGAACUUUUGGUCAGGUUUUGGAAUGCUGGGAUAGGGAAACAAAAGAGAUGGUAGCUAUAAAAGUUGUCAGAAGUAUUAAGAAAUAUCGUGAAGCAGCAAUGAUAGAAGUUGAUGUGCUACAGUUGCUUGGGAAAUAUGACAGAAAUGGCAGUCGUUGUGUUCAAAUACGGAACUGGUUUGACUAUCGUAACCAUAUAUGUAUAGUAUUUGAGAUGCUUGGACCAAGCUUAUACGAUUUCCUCCGGAAAAAUAAUUAUCGCCCAUUUCCGGUUGAUCUUGUCCGCGAGCUUGGCAGGCAACUGUUGGAAUGUGUAGCAUUCAUGCAUGAUAUGCGUCUCAUCCAUACUGACUUGAAGCCUGAAAACAUACUUUUUGUGUCUUCAGAGUAUGUUAAAGUACCAGACUACAAGUUUACAUCCCGGUCACCAAAAGAUGGAACCUGUUAUAAAAGGUUGCCAAAGUCUAGUGCUAUCAAGGUCAUUGAUUUUGGCAGCACUGCCUAUGACCAUCAAGAGCACAACUACAUUGUCUCGACAAGGCACUACCGCGCACCAGAGGUUAUUCUUGGUCUUGGAUGGAGUUAUCCAUGUGACAUAUGGAGUGUUGGUUGCAUCUUGGUAGAAUUGUGUUCGGGAGAAGCGUUGUUUCAGACACAUGAGAACUUAGAACAUCUAGCUAUGAUGGAGAGGGUCUUAGGUCCAUUUCCACAGCACAUGUUGAGAAGAGCAGACCGGCACGCUGAGAAGUAUGUCAGGAGGGGUAGAUUGGACUGGCCAGAAGGGGCAACUUCACGGGAAAGUAUUAAAGCCGUUUUAAAGCUACAUCGUCUCCAGAAUAUAGUUAUGCAGCAUGUAGAUCAUUCAGCUGGGGAUCUCAUUGACCUCCUGCAAGGUCUCCUUAGAUAUGACCCCUCCAAUAGGCUAACUGCUCCUGAGGCCCUCAGGCAUCCGUUCUUUACCAGGGAUCAUUUCAGGAGGUUUUAG